AUGCAGCCAUUAUUAUUCUUUUAUCUCAACCCAAAAGGCAACAUGCUGCUCCUCAUCUUCCUACAACUUCUCUACACCGGAGCCGCUGCAGAAAUGCCCUGCGUGACAGUGCCCGGGAAGCUGAGACAGCUGGAUGCUGGGAGUGGAGAAGUCUAUGGGGUGUCGGAUGAUCGCAGUGUAUACUUCUGGCAUUCUAAUCGGUGGGAGCAGAUUAAAGGAAACUAUUUACAUGUGACUGUGGGACCAGCUGGAGUUUGGGCGGUCAACAAUCUCAAUAGGGUUUACAGGCUGCAGAAUUUUGAGUGGAUGCAAUUAUCAGGGCGCUUGAAGCAGAUCGAUGCUGGGGGCGAUAUGUUCCUAGUUGGAGUAGAUUCUAAAGAAAGUAUUUACUGCCUGAACCAGGAAAGCGUAAAGGGAACUGCCCUAAGCUACAUGGAAGUUGAAGGGAGGCUGAAGUAUUACAGUUGUGGUCCCCUUGGCUGCUGGGGUGUCAACGAUGCCUAUGAGACCUAUUACCAGAAAAACGUGACCCAAACAUCCUGCCAGGGAGUGGGCUCCAUGCGAGUGCAAGGAUCUCUUGCCAUGGUGGAGGUGGGCACAGACGGAUCGGUGUUUGCUGUGGACCCAAAUGGCAAGGUUUACAGAAGAAAGGGUAUCAGCCCAAAGAAGCCAACUGGAACCACAUGGGAAGAACUGGAUCUUUAUGACAAUUUCAAACAUGUCAGCUACGACGCUGGAUUCCUGUGGCUUAUUGCUGAGAAUGGGAGCAUCAUUAAAUGUGCAUAUCCUGAGUCUAUACUGCCAAGUGUGUUGUAAACCCAGAGAGCUCACAGUCCACCCUGCUUCACAUUCUCCUUACACAUUAUGUUAUAAAACAGUUAUAAAACUGAACAUUACUGAUGAGGGCAUCUUUUGGUUUGGUAGUGCCCUGAUACACCCCCCCACUGCUACUGUAUAACUUCAACGUUUCUGCUUUGCCACCCCUCCGCACAGUCCUGGAUAACCAGUCAAAUGUCCCCGUUCCCGCCACCCCCAUCGUAAGUCUUGCGAGAAGAAACUAUGACUUCACUCUCAGAAAUAUAGAAAGGACAUCCUGGGCACAAGGAGUAUUUCUUCAGCUGUGGUGUCUGUUAUGGAACGUUUGGACUUUUUAGGUGUCUCACUUCGCUAUAUAUUGUGUAAAAAAUAGGAAAGUUUGGAGAUGUAACACUGGAACCACAAAGUGCAGUAAAUCAAAGUAGUUUUAUGGGCAUGUAGGUGCUCUUGACUCUUGGUUGUAUGUUGAAGCUCAUUGUAAUAGUGACUAAGCCCACAAUAUAACCAAAUAAAAAUAAAGAAUCUUUGUCAGACUGGCCCCUGGUAAGGAAUGGCUGCUUGCUGUUAGGGAACUGUAAUGGGGAUCAUUGAUACUAGGUUGGGGGUGGUGGUUAAUCUUUCAGGCAAACAAGCCCAGAUGGGGGGCUCCAAA